AUGGCUGAAGACGUGCCCUCCAACGCCGUAACAAAAGCAUCCAGGCCAGCUAACAACGAUGCCAACCAUUCCCUCCAACCACGUGCUGUAACAAGCUUGAAGCAAGACAAUGAGACAGCCUCAACCACAAACUCAGAACAUAACGAGGACAAUCCCUGCAUCCAAUCAUAUGCAGUUGCAUCAUACCAGGAACAUGAUGGAACUGUCGUCGAAUCAGCUAACUGUGAUGUCAUCCAGCCCUGUGCUGUUAAAUACCAGAAAGGUGAAGAUACUGUUGCCGUGUUAGCAAAUGUUGAUGACGAUCCCAGCAUGCAACCGUCUGCAGAAAGACACCAGGGAGACGAGGGCGCCUCGCCCGGGAAUGUCAGAUGUGACGUCAUCCAGCCACACGCUGUUAAAUGCCAAGAAAAUGGCGGUAGUUGCAGUAAUGACCUACACACAACACGUGGUUCUGCGUCUAAAAGCAGACACACAGCCCCUGAUGAUGAAGACAUUCAGCCGUAUGCCGUCGCCUACGUGGACCAGGAUGACGUGGCAUGCAGGGCAAGUUCAGGGGGCACUCAAAUGGCUUCUAACAGAGACAAAGACGUCUCAGCCAACCCGUUCGUCAAUAAUGGCCCGAAUGUACCAAAUCAGAUGAACGUACCAAACGUUCAGCAACCUAGAGCGCGCAGUUGUGACGGAAAGCAGGAGAGGAUCUCGUUUGGCGGGUACGGAGAAGAACCUGGAAAAUUCCGGGAUAACUUCGGAGUUGCCGUGUCUGCUGACAAUGAGAUAUUUGUGACUGAUCAGUUAAACAAACGAGUCCAAGUCUUCAGUAUAAAGGGGACCUUUCUCCGCCUCUUUCCAACAGUCGUGCCGGGUGAAAGUAUGACAAUGUACCCUUUAAGUGUUGCUUUGGACGUAGAGCCCGGCUACCUGUGGGUACUGGGUAGAUGGCGCUUGCGCUCUAAUGACGGACAUGUCGUACAGUACAGUAAGAACGGACAACCCAUCAAAAAGUUUGACGUAAGCCUCAAGGGCUUCUUUCCCGUCAUCGCGAUGGACGUGCGCAACAAUAAAGUUAUCGUGGGAGACCAAACAACCAUUAUGAUGUUUGAUCCAAACGGAUCUCGCCUUUGGAGUUCAGAAGUGCGUACGGGAUACGGGAUCUUUGGAGUCACAUCGGACAAGGAGGGAAAUGUCCUGCUGACGGAUGGGCGUAAAACCAUCCAGAAGUACAAUCCCUCCGGAGUAAAGAUAUUUGAAUUCGGCACCUAUGGACAGGGAAAGGGGCAACUGAACUCUCCCAGAGGUAUUUGUCUUGACACCUCGGGUCACAUCAUUGUGGCGAGCUAUUUGAAAGACCGGGUAGACAUGUUCACAAGCCAGGGCGAGUUUGUCCGCACCAUCGCGGACAUUAAAUUCCCGGAGGCUGUCGCUAUGGGACCAUGUGGAGAGUUGGUGGUGACUAGCCCAUAUACAAACACUGUAUCUAUCUUCCCACGGCACAUGGUGCUUCCUUAA